GGCGGGCCGUGACGCGCAGCGCGGAGGGGUCGCCGCGCAGGCGGUGGCUGCAAGAAGAUGGCGGUAGCGGGGAAAGGAGCGGUGUCCGCCGCGGUGAAGCCGAUCUUCAGCCGGAACUUAGACGAGGCGAAGCGGCGAGUGAGGGAGCUGUACCGAGCCUGGUACCGCGAGGUGCCCAACACAGUACACCUAUACCAGCUGGACAUCACAGUGAAGCAGGGGCGUAACAAGGUGCGGGAGAUGUUCAUGAAGAACGCUCACGUUACAGAUCCACGGGUGAUAGACAUGCUGGUUAUUAAGGGGAAAAUGGAACUCCAAGAAACCAUUCACGUGUGGAAGCAGAGGACUCACGUCAUGAGGUAUUUCCACGAGACAGAAACCCCGAGACCUAAUGACUUUCUAUCCAAGUUCUAUGCAGGCCACGAUCCCUGAGAGAUUGACUCUGUUUCCUCCUCCCUUGUAUCACAAAUAAAGCUCUAUACAGCAGAAAAAAACCCCAACAAUCUG